UUGAUCAGCUGCCUCCUGCACACUGGGGAUGUGCCCGCAACCAGGGUACAUGUCCUUGACCAGAAUCAUUCCUGAGACCCUUAAGUCCGCAUGCCAACACUCUAUCCACUGAGCCAAACUGGUUAUUGCACAAAGUAUCUUUUAAGAAUUACCUUUUUACAUUUAUUCCCUUUUAUUUUGGGGAAUUUGUUAUUUAGGUAUUUUUUUGAGGUAAGACUCACUCAUGUUAGGUGAAUGGAUACCCUGUAAAGAGUAUUCAUUACUUUUAAACAUGGCAAAAUUUAAGAAUAAGGCAGCAGAGAAAUGUUUUAUUUAUUGACCAUAAAACUUAGCUAAAAAUUGAAUUAAGGAUUGAACUGUAUUCUAUUUUUCAGUGAAAUGUAGUCUUACAAAUCACUUCUUGCAAUCAGGAAAAACUGCACUUGUUUCUGGAACAACUGACCACGGGUUGUUUUUCUUAUCUUAGGGCACAGGUUCAGUAUUCACGAGGGAUACUUUGUUACUCUUCUUUUUCUUCAGAGUAAAUUUCUAGCAUGCCCACUAUACCAUUAAUUUCUCAAAUCAUUUGUUUAGGUGUCUUCUAAAGGCUCAGGAUGAUUUCCCCCCCACUUCAGGGUGUGGUGAGUUUUGGGCAUGCCCUAAAAGGGUAUCCCAAAUGAUGUCUUCUGUUUACUUGGAGCAGCUGUUGCCCAUGUAGCAGUUGUUAGAGGGGGAAUUAAUCUGGUCCCCAAAUGUGCACUGGCUCCAGACAUGUCCAGAUGAGCCCCAGGCUGAAAGUUUGUGAAUACCCUAUACCUUACAGCUCCAGCUAUUGUAACUCAAAAGUGGAUCCUACCCUAGACAGAGUUCUACUGUUUGGUGGUCAAAGUUUUCCUUGUUGAGUGAGUUUGUAGGCCAGUAGCAAGUACUGCCGUACCAUACCAGUCAGGUUCACUGAUAAAGCAAAAUUUGUAACUCAAAGUGAGACAAAAAUUGUCCUUGUCUCUUCUGGCCAAUCUCUCUGAUGCCUAAACUUGCAGAAAGUUAAUAUUGUCAGAACAGUUUUUGUAAACAGAAGGUUAGAGUCUCUAGUUUUACCACAUGAUUUGCUAACUUCUGCUUACUAAAACCAAUACAUAUCACAAUACAUAUUCACCUUUAGACAUUACCAUAGUUAUAAACUGCUUGAUGUAAAACAAGUUGUAUAUCUUCCUGGCUAACAUAUUGUAUAAGCAUAGGAGAAUAUCUGUCAGAAAUUUAUUGUUUGAAACAGGAGGAACUUCUUAAAUAGUUUUGUUUUGUAUUUAUUUGAGAAAGAACAGGUUGAAAAAAUUACUGGUUAAAGAAGUCAAAUGAUUUAAAUCAGAUCUUUUGUAUGAAUGCUUACGUGUGUGUUAUUUAUUGAAGAAAAUGUUUCAAUUUGGGAACUGGAAAACUGGAUAUUUAAAUUAUAUUUUUAUUUAUUUAAAAAGUAGAGGUUUUCUUUCAUUCAUUUAGUGCUUUCAUCCCACAAAAUUACCUAACCUAAUUUGCCCUGCCUGUUUUGGUUAAGAUACAGGGAAGCACAAUUAAAUCUUAUAAUUUCUAAAUUACUAAUUUUAAGAGGCUUUCCACUUACAUGAAGUACAAAGAAAAAAGAAAUCCAGCUAGCAAUCAUUUCACCUUUUUGCUGUAAAAUUUAAAAAUAAGUUUGUGACAUAGCAGUAUAAAUUUUCUUGCUAGAUGAUAAUGAUAAUUUUUAUCAUCUAUAUGAGGACUUAAAUAUUAAUUGGGUAUAAUGAGUUGAUCUGCUCAUGCUCAUAUAUGAGAUCUUGUGGUAUAUCAUUCUGAAAUAGGGUAGUUUCCCAUUUUUUAAUGUCUAACUUGUACUCAACCCUUAUUUUAUACUUUAAAUAGCUGACUUAAUAUAAAUUAUUUUUGCAAGGUAAAGGAUCUAGAGUUUUAAUUUAACUUCAUCUUAGAAUGCACAGGAAAAUAACUGGGCAAGAGUUGUAAAUAGGGCUUUCCCCUGCCUUUUUCCCUUUUAAAUUUGUACAGUUGAAUACACCCGGAUAUUAAGAUAAAAUCUGAGGACUUAUACAGAGGUUAGAGUUCAAUUUUAGUUACAAAAGUGAAGAAAUCUUUUAAAAGGUCUUAUAGAGUUCACUUUUAUUUUCUUAAUGAAAUGCUAUCUAGGUACUUGGUUAAUAAUCAGCUUGUUUUUAUGUUGGGACAGUUGGGAAGAAAUGAACUUUGAUCCUAUUCACUUAAACUAUCUCCAUGGUGAAAUUGAACUCAUUUCAGUUAAUACUUAAUAUGUCUCUAUGUUAGGAAAACUUCUUAGAAGAUAAAAAUUAUGUUUAUAUUUAGAUAUAAAAGCCUAACUUCAUCUUCUAUGAACAAAGGCUAAUGAGGGAGAAUUUGAGCAUCUGCAUGCGAUUUUUUAAAAUUAAAGACAAAAAAUGAUACUGAUAAUGAAGGGUUGGACUGAGAAACAGUAACCCUGUAUUACAACAGAAAAGAGGAAAAGAGGUAGAGGGUAACAGAGAACUUUGUCCUACUCAUCUAUCCCCCAAGAAUCCCCGUCCCCUCCCCCCAACCUCCUGCCAGAAUGUUGGGUUUCAAAGCAUGAGCAGAUUAACGGAUAUCAGGGAGUUCUGUGGCCUGGACUGAGGAUGAGGAUAAUUUGUUAGAGUUAAAGUACUGGCUGAAUCAUUACAGACUUUCUACUUCGUGUAUGUCUCUGUGAGGAUAAAGAGAAUUUAGACAAGAGCAUUAAAGCAUUUGUUGUUUGAACGAAAUCAUACAGUAAGGCAACAACCGAAGAUCAAGAGGGAAGCAAGAGUAUAAAGACGGCCUCAAAGUACGAAAGACUGAGUUGGGAAGCAGUCAACCAUAAGGGAGCCAAAUUAGAUUUCAGUCUCCAAGGUUCAACAUGCCAGGGAAAGCUGCUGCUGAUGGACACAGACCCUGUACCAUCAACUGAUUCACUAGGGCCAUGUCAGAUUCUGCCUCUCUAUGGAUAAACCAAUUGGCCUUGAAAAAGGGUAAGAUAAAGUUUCAGACUUGGGCUCAGCAAAAGGACUUAAGGCUGGGGCCAGUGCCAGGAUCUUCAUGUAUCCAUUUGGGAAUUGUGAUACUGUUGGUGAUUUUUCUGCCAAGUAUGUACUGUGACCAGGGAUCAGUAUAUUAUACUUUCUAUGAAAUAGUUAUUCCCAAGUGGCUGAUAGUUCAGGAAAGGGGUGGCUCAGAGAAAAAUACAUCAUAUAUGAUAUUUAUGCAGGGCGAGAAACAGCUGAUUCACCUGAAAGUGAAGACUGACUAUUUUAUCAAGAACUUUCCAGUCUUCAGCUACCACAAUGGCAUCCUGGGACAAGAAAUGCCUUUCAUCUCACAUGACUGUCACUAUGAAGGCUACAUAGAAGGAGUCCCGGGUUCUUUUGUUUCUGUCAACACCUGUUCAGGCCUCAGGGGCAUCCUGAUUAAGGAGGGAAAAUCCUAUGGCAUUGAGCCCAUGGACUCUUCAAAACAGUUUGAACAUGUGUUGUACACCAUGGCCCAUCAAGCUCCAGUCUCCUGCAGUGUCACUUCCCAAGACAGCCCAGUGGUGUCUGCCAGCCGACAACAAGGGAGCAGGAAGCCUGGCGGUCUACAGGAGCCCUCCUCCUUGUGGUCACUCACCAAGUACGUGGAGAUGUUUGUUGUGGUCAACAACCAGCGGUUCCAAAUGUGGGGCAGUAACGUCAAUGAGUCAGUCCAGAGAGUGAUGGACAUCAUUGCCCUGGCCAACAGCUUCACUAGGGGGAUAAACACACAGGUGGUGCUGGCUGGGAUGGAGAUUUGGACCGAGGGGGACCUCAUAGAGGUCCCCGUGGACCUGCAAGUUACACUGGGGAAUUUCAACAAGUGGAGACAAGAGAAGCUCCUCCAUCGUGUGAAGCAUGAUGUUGCCCACAUGAUUGUCGGACAGCAUCCUGAGCACGGUAUGGGACAGGCAUUUCUCAGUGGUGCCUGUUCCCGUGGUUUUGCAGCAGCUGUUGAAUCCUUCCCUCAUGAAGAUGCCCUCCUGUUUGCAGCGCUCAUGGUCCAUGAGCUUGGGCACAACUUGGGUAUUGGGCAUGACCACUCAGCCUGCAUUUGUAAAGACAAACACCUCUGCCUCAUGCGUGACAAUAUCACUAAAGAAAGUGGCUUCAGCAACUGUAGCUCUGACGACUUCUACCAGUUCCUCCAGGAUCACAGAGGGGCCUGCCUAUUUAACAACCCUCAGCGGCACAAAGGCCGCUUGCGUAGGGAUUCCUACUGUGGAGAUGGUGUGGUGGAGGGUGAGGAGCAGUGUGACUGUGGUUCUGCCUGUUACACUGACCCGUGCUGUGACCAAACAUGUAGCCUGAAGGGGAGUGCAGAAUGUAGUGAUGGACUCUGCUGCUUUGGUUGCCAAUUGAGAAAUAAGGGAUUCGUGUGCCGUUCUGCUUCAGGAGAGUGUGACCUCCCAGAGUAUUGUGAUGGCAGCUCUGCAGAGUGCCCCACAGACACCUAUAAGCAAGAUGGUACACCGUGCGAUAGACUGCACUACUGUGUUGGGGGUCAAUGCAGAAACCCUGAUAAUCAAUGCAUGGCUAUGUAUGGGGACACUGCACGGUCUGCUCCAGAAAAUUGUUACAUUUUAAUAAACAGCAAAGGGGACCGGUUUGGAAAUUGUGGCCAUCCCACUUCGGCAAUGCCAAGAUAUGUUAAGUGUUUUGAUGAUAAUAUAUUUUGUGGGAAAAUUAUAUGUACAAAUCUUAGACAGGUCCCAUCCAUCAAACCCCAUCGCACACUGAUCCAGAUUCCUUAUGAAGGUGACUUCUGCUGGAGCUUGGAUGUCUAUAACAUUACUGAUAUCCCUGAUGAGGGAGAUGUGCACUUUGGCACUGCUUGUGCCCCAAACAAAGUCUGCAUGGAUUACUCCUGCACUAAUCAUGCUGUGCUCAAGUAUGACUGCAAACCAGCAGAAAUGUGCAAUGGGAGAGGAGUCUGUAACAAUUUAAGGCACUGCCACUGUGAGGCUGGCUACGCACCGCCCGACUGCCGAACGCCAGGAAGUGGGGGCAGUGUGGACAGUGGUUCCCCUACUAAGCCAACUGAUGAAAUUCUAAGUGUAGAUGAAGGUUCCAGUCCUCAAUUUAAGAUUGAGUUUCCAAAGCUUGGCAUUAUAGCUUUCAUACUCCCUGCAUUUCUUUUUAUUUUAUUGCUAUUAAUAAUAUGUUGCAUUAGUCUUAACGCUGCAGUUGAGUCAGUAGAGACCCCAGGUGCCUCCCCAACACUGAGUUCAGAGCACACAUCAGAUCUGGUCCCAUCAGAGGCAAUCGCAGAGGAGGGCCUCCCACCAGAGGAGGGCCUCCCACCAGGGGAGCCCCCACCACCAGGAGAGCCCCCACCACCAGGGGUGCCCCCACCACCAGGGGCGCCCCCACCACCAGGGGUGCCCCCACCACCAGGGGCGCCCCCACCACCAGGGGCGCCACCACAACCACACCAGCCUCCACCACCUGAGGAGCCUUUGCCACCAGCAGCACCCCCUCCACCAGCAGCGCCCCCUCCACCAGCAGCGCCCCCUCCACCAGCAGCGCCCCCUCCACCAGCAGCGCCCCCUCCACCAGCAGCGCCCCCCCCGCCGUAGGAGCCCCCUCCACCAGAGUCAUAAGCGAUGGUAGCAAUUGAAGCACAGAAAUAACCAAAGGCAGAAGAGUAGUUGAAGAAGCCAAAUAAUAUCAAAUACCUCAAGUACUGAGUAGGAAUGGAAGGCUUAGAAAGGCAAAGAGAAAAAGUGAGAAUUGAUGGCUCCAGUGGCGCUGAUUGGACUGUAUAGUCUAUAGAAACACUAUGUAGGAAGAGAACUCCUGCUUUCAAUAUUUACUAACUUGAUUAUACAUAUAUGAAAUAGUACAUGAAA